ACUUCCGUCGCGAACAAGAAACAAGAACAAUUGAGAAAUAGGUAGUGAAAAUAUAUGUGUUGGAUGCAAGAGGCGCAAGAAAGCCCGAUAAAGAAAUUGGAGAUGUUAAGUGAUUAAUUUAAGAACUAUAUCGUAUGAAAUAAGUAUAUGUUUGCGCGUUUGAUUGGUCACAUGUCGGGUUAGUGAUUAGUUGUACAUACGUCAGGAGGAGCUGCAUGUACCAUUUAAGAAAGACUGUAAUUCUGUUGCUUUUGCAUAGGGUACAAGCAUGACCUCCAAUAAUGCCGCUGAAGACUCUGUGAGAAGUGAUGGCAGUCAGUCAAGUAGUUGGGUUCGUUUUGAAGAGGAUGAUGGUGUUAAACGCACUACCCAAAAUAAGGAAACACCACUAAAUCAAACACAGCCAAUAGCUGCAGCAAUACAGAAUGCAGAUGAGUACAGUGGUGCUGUUAUCAAACCAGAAUUGGUCCAUAUGAAUGUUAACCGAAAUGCCAGUCGUUCUGUAUCUCCAGAUAAGCCAGAAGCUUCAAGUAAUAAAGAAACAGCAGUACCUUCCAGCAUCCCACAGCAGUACAGUGGUGCAGUCAAAAAUACGGAGUCAGCACAGCACAAUCUGGAGCACAGCAGCUUAAAUUGGUCUGUGGGGGAGGACCAACAGCGAUCAGAAUCAACUCCUUCAACUACUGCACCCAACAAACCCCAGGAUGCAAGAAUAGGCAUGUGGAAUGUAGAUCUAAGGGAUACAAAUAAUGGUAGACCUGCUCCAAGUACCAGAAUUUCAACUCUUGGGAACUCUGUGGUCAGACAAGGCUUUGCAAAUGGCGAUAUUGUUGUGACACUGCUUCCUGUUAAUACGAGAUGGCCUUGGAUCACCCCUGCACAGUUCCGUCCUGAACUUGUACCAGAGGAGCUUAUGGCACAGGGACUUACGCUUACUGUUGAAGACUAUGUACAUGUUAUGGAAAUUUUAACCAAUGACGUGCGUUUCAAUGUCUACAAUGUUUGCUACAAGCGCAUCCUUGUGGCUUGGAUCUUCACUGCAUUCAUUGUACUGCUUGGACUUCUGUUCUCUGGCGUAACAGGACUCACAUUAUUUGGACUGGGAGUCAUGUGGCUUGUCCUGAAUGCAGCAGCCAUAUUUUUAUGUAUGUGGAUCAAGAUCAAGUUGAAUCACAAUUUAGAACGUUGCAUGGCUCAAGUAAACAAGCACUUGCUAAGACACAAGAUCAUCUUGGGCUUGGAUGACAGAGGAAAGCUGUCAUGUCACAAAGUGAACCUCUGCUUCAUAUACUUUGAUACAGUGGACUGCAUUAAAAAACUUCAAGAGGUGAUUGAUAGAGAGGAGCGUGAAGGUCGCACAGUGAGUCGAGAGGGGACUUCAGAAGAAAGACGACAGCGGCAGCAGUUUCAACAAAGAAUGGACAUUGAAGACAGGGACAUUAUUAUUCAAGGCAGCAGUAUUACGCGCCUGUCACGCAAGCAGGAGCGUGCUGAGAUGGUUUUCCUACGCUACUCACAGCGCUGGGCUAAAGAGUUUGUACGCAGGCACCUGGAGCUGUCAGUGGAUGGUGCGGAGCGUGGAGGCUUCUCCAUGCCCCCCCCCCGCCACUGCAUCUCUGCCCGCUGUCCCUGUCAGUUCAUAGAGGAGCACCUGAAGUAUAAACCUCGAGCUGGUGGGUGCAAGCCAUGUGUGGCAUUUGUGGGAUCCUCAUAAUAGCUCAGAUGAUAAGCUUGCAGUUUCUGUGCAUACAUGAGUGACCAGCAUUUCAAUAUUCAGUAUUAAAUUCAAAAGCAGUUAUGAUAACAGUACAUACAAAAUGUGUGGUAAUCUGGAACAGUGGAAACAGUUCCAAGACAAGGUAGAUAAAAAAUGCUUACCACAUACUGCAUUGUUCUAAAUGUAAAAGAACAUUUAACAUUUUUAAUUUAAAGAAAUCAACAUCUUAGACCUUUUUAAUGUUUGGAAAUUCUGGACUUAUGCCACACAGAUAAAUUGACAACCCGAUUUUUGACAUAUUCAGUAAAAUGCAUUUAAACUCAAAGAGAAUUUGAACUACAGGAACAUGCUCCAGCGUAGGAGUCUUUUUGUCAUGGAAUCGUGUACUUACAAGGCAUUUAUGAUUGGUUUUUGGAAAAUGGUCAUUUAUCUGAAGCCAAGAAUUCAGUGGUCCACUACAAGUAGAAGGUUAUGGGCAACUUUUUCUUUCUGUGAAAGGAAUUAAAAUGUAUUGACACAUGUAAUUUUCUUUAAAAUGAUCAUUAGCAGAAGUGUUACAUUUUGAAUAAUAUGGUAUUCUGUAAGCAGAGAGGUGUACUGUUGUCAGUGGAUUCCGUCCUUUGUGCACUUAAUUAGUAGUAAUGUGUUGCUGCAGUAUGAAUGCUUGCUUACUUAAGGAGCUAAGCCCUUCUUGAGGAGAAGCCAAAUCUGCAGCUACUCAAGAAUUUCCCAGCAUUUUAUGGAACCCGAA